AUGUCAAUGUCUGAGUCCAGCGCAUCCGGAUAUAUACCCGAGGAGGAUUACUACAAGGGUCUCAACACGCCUCCCAAAAAGAACGAAGUCGUCGUCGAACUAGAUCCAUCGCUCACCACAGAGGAAGAUUAUGAUCCUGAAGCAAAUAUCCGUGAGGAUCUACAGAGAGCUUUGAAACCUCGUCACAUCAAUAUGAUCUCCAUCGCGGGGGUUAUUGGGACUGGUCUUUAUCUGUCCACAGCCAAAUCACUAUAUCAAGGUGGUCCAGCUUCUUUAUUUAUGAAUUAUACCAUCAUGGGUGGUGUAGUAUACCUGACAUUAUUAUGUCUAGGUGAAAUGUCUACUUAUAUGCCAAUUAGUGGGUCAUUUUGUUCGUAUGCUAAAAAAUUCGGUUCCGAAUCAUUUGCAUGUGCUCUAAUGUGGAAUUAUUGGUUUAAUGACGCUGUGUCAGUGGCAAGUGAUAUGACUGCUCUACAAUUAGUCAUGGACUACUGGGACACAGAAGCCUCAGGUUUCCCAUAUUGGGCUGCAUCUUUAUUAUUUUGGUUCCUUGUCGUACUAUUAAAUGUCAUACAUGUUAGAUUUUAUGGGGAGGCAGAAUAUUGGCUAGCCAUGUUAAAAGUCAUCGCUAUUAUCAUCUUCUUUAUCCUUUCCAUCGUCGUAAACGUAGGUCACAAUCCACAACAUGAAUAUAUCGGUUUCAAAAAUUGGAAUCAUGGAGAAGCUCCAUUUGUGGAUGGAUUCAAAGGUUUCGCAUCGUUGUUCGUAAGUGCAAGUUUUGCUUAUGGUGGUACUGAAUCAAUUACUUUAACCAACGGUGAAGCUGCAAACCCAUUAAGAAAUACACCAAAAAUCGUUAAGACCGUGUUUUGGAGAAUCCUUGUGUUUUAUGUCGGUUCCACUUUCUUCAUCGCCAUGAAUAUUCCAUACGAUUAUCCAGGUUUAGAUACUAAAUCUGUGGUGACAUCCCCCUUCACAUUAGUUUUCCAAAUGGCCGGUACUAAAGCUGCUGGUUCAUUUAUGAAUGCUGUCAUCAUGACAAGUGUCAUUAGUGCUUGUAACCAUGCCUUGUUUGCAGGAAGUCGUGUCAUGUACAAUAUGGGUCUAGAAGGUUUCCUACCAAAGAAAAUUGUUUCUAGAACAAAUAGAUAUAAGGUCCCAUACGUUUCAGUAUUAAUAACAUCAUCCAUUGGUCUACUAUGUUUUGGUGCCUCAUUUAUUGGUGCAGGUACCGUCUGGACUUGGUUGCAAAACAUUGUCGGUGUUUCUAAUCAAAUUGCUUGGUUAUGUAUCGGUAUCACUUCAAUUAGAUUCAGAAAGGGAUUAGAAAAACAGGGGAAGACUCAUGAACUAAGGUAUAAGAAUUGGACUUAUCCAUAUGGUCCUUACUUCCUUGUCAUUUUUGUCACCUUCAUCAUUUUAGUGCAAGGUUGGUCUGCGUUUGAUCCAUGGGAUGUUACCAAUUUCUUCUCAUAUUAUUUGGAUCUAUUUGUUUUCCCAUUCUGUUUCAUAAUAUGGUGGCUUUACAAGAGAGAUAGAUUUGUUAAAUUGGAAGACAUGGACUUUGUUACUGAUAGAUACAUUCCAACAAAGGAAAUAAUAGAAUUAAAUGAAAAUUUGGAUCAUUUGAAGGGUUGGAAACGAACAAGACAAUGGCUCAAUGAUUAUUUUGUAUAA